AUGCUCUUCGACGCGUUGCGUGCUACGCGCCCUACCCAUGGUUCUGCCGAUUGUUUCACUUCGAGUGCCGCUAUGCUGUCCAGCCUUCUCUUGUCAAAAUCAGCCAAAUGGCGGCAAAGAAAGUCUUUUGAAGAUGGAGAGAGAUUGAAAGUUUCCUUGUACCGCACACCGGACCUGACCAAAACUCUUCAGUGGUUGCUACCAGCGCGUGUGAACGAAGUAGUAGGAGUGUGCCACUUGAAAGCCUUUGUCUUCGAUGAUGACGUCCUCAUGACGGGUGCCAACAUGAGUUCUUCGUACUUCACUGAUCGUCAAGAUCGUUACAUUUGGUUUCGAAAUUCUCCUUCUCUGGCCAACCACUUCAGCUCCCUAAUUGAUGUGGUUUCAUCGUACUCCUUCAGUCUUGGUAGUGACGAGAAACUUUUGCCUAAGAAAGUGUUUGACACCAAAGACAGGGAUGGAUUCUGUGCGCAAAUGGGCUCUUCCGUCCAGGGUUUAAUGGAUGCACCUCCUGCUGAAGUGAAUACUGCAGAGAAGGAGAAGGAGAAUGAAGAAGACUGGGAUACUUUCUGUUUUCCAACCAUACAGAUGGGUCCUCUUGGCAUUCGACAGGAUGAGGACUGUACCGUGGCAUUGCUGAAAGGGUUACCUUCUGGCACCCUUUUACAAUUAGCUUCACCGUAUUUCAAUUUGACACCCGACUAUGAGGACGUCUUGCUUGAAGUAGCAGAACAAAACAUCGUGGAGAUACUCACUGCAUCACCGAAGGCAAAUGGGUUCUAUGGUUCUGCAGGAAUCUCCGGGCUUAUUCCCCGAGCUUAUUCUUUACUUGAACAAAAUUUGUAUGAAAGGUCACGACAUAGGGACGUCGCAUUACAGGGAAAAGAUUCCUACGAUCUGAAAAACGGGCUGUCGAUAUAUGAGUACGAAAGAUCAGGAUGGACCUUUCAUGCCAAGGGGUUAUGGUGCACACUUCCAGGUGACAUUCAUGGUCCGAGUGUCACUCUCGUUGGUAGUUCUAACUUUGGUUAUCGAUCGAGGGAUCGUGAUUUAGAAGCGCAAGUGUUUCUCAUGACCAGCAACCCACGCUUACGGGGCCAGCUGAAAUUUGAGCGCGACGCAUUAUUCUCUAGAGCAGUAAAGGUCAACUCCAGCAGCUUCUUAGAUGCCGAACGAGCUGGUGGGUACGUGGCAGCCAAGGCCUCACAGAUGGUCAGGAGCUGGCUAUGAGAGCAAGUACAGAAGAUAAAUUAUGUCCCAUCAUAUCCAGGAGAAAACUGUGGGUUGGUUAGCUUUUAGCUCGAACAGAACUCUUGCGGUAGAAAUGACGGGCUACGAUCCGAAUACGCUAGGAAAGUUGUAAGUGUGCGACAGUUCGAUAAACAAGAAAGGCCUCUUAGGCUUCAGGAUCAUCCGUGAACAGUCUUCACUUCUUGCAAUGAAGCCUCGAUAACCGAGGAGCUGUCAGGUGCCCAGGCAUCUAGAAAUUUUGGAAUUUACGAGACAAGAGCUGUAUAUAGCCUCGUAAGUAAAAAGAUGGAGGAUUCGUAGUUGUUUAACUUAGAUGUUUGAACUUGGUUUUCUUGGUGUAUCACUGACGAUUAUAUCUCUCGUUAUGAGAAAUGAAUGCAGCCCCCUGUCUUUGAC